GAUAACCGGAACCAGUAGCUCUGCGGAACUCCAGGCGUGUAGUUUAUAGUAAUAUUAUAAACAGGUCAUAGUGUCGGAAUAAUCGGAUAUUUUACUAUUUUGUCUCACCGCGACAAUUUGACUUUUCUUAAGGACGUGCUUUACUUUCACUUUCAUUUAGCACCGAGUGGAUGUCAUUAUUCAGGUUUGUUCUUUUUGUUAAAAAACGACACAUCAUGUUAAAAACCAGAAGUGGAUUAUUAAAAUUUUUAAUUCACAUUUCCGAAAUCAUUCGAGUAGUUUGAGCAUCAUUAGGUGGCUGUACCUACAGGCUAGUUGGUGUUCACCCACUGGAAUGUUUAUUUCCUCUGGACCUCCAGAGUCUGGAACCGAUGGUUGUCCUAUUUCAUCUAGAAGAUGUUGAAAUUGAGCAUUAUACUUUUCCUUUCCCUCACCCCUACUCUUGAUGCCAGAGAUGGUGGAAAUGUUGUAUUUGGCAGUUUCGGUACAACUGGUCCAUCGUUCGAAUGGAAGAUGAGAUUAACGGAUUCUGUUAAACCACUUCUCUACGAUCUCUUAAUCCACCCAAAUCUGACUUCACUGAACUUCACGGGAACUGUACAAAUUCAUUUAGAGGUGCAGCGGGAAACGAAACACAUCUUUCUUCACAGCAAGAACCUUCAUAUCUCAAAAGCAUUCAUUCUAGGAUCCAGACAUCCUCAUCACCUUGUCGUCCGCGAGUCUGAACUAUACGAGCAGAUCGCACUGUUCUGCGAAGGCUUCACGUUUACUCGGGGAAACCAUAUAAUACAGCUGCAUUUCUCUGCUAACCUGUCUGACAGUUUUCACGGCUUUUAUAAAGGCUCAUACACCACGCGCAGUGGUGAAGUCCGGUCGUUGGCAUCCACCCAGUUUGAGCCCACACAUGCCCGAGCUGCAUUCCCAUGUUUCGAUGAACCAUCCUUCAAAGCCAACUUUUCUAUCCGUAUACGUCGAGAGCCGAGGCAUAUUUCCAUUUCCAAUAUGCCUAAGUUGAAAACCGUGGAGCUUGCAGAUGGUGUAUUGGAGGACAAGUAUGAUGUCAGUGUGAAGAUGAGCACCUAUCUAGUGGCCUUUAUCAUCUGUGAUUUUCUCUCCAUCAGUAAGAGGAGCCAGCAUGGAGUGGAGAUAUCGGUGUACACCGUUCCAGAGAAAAUCAGUCAGGCAGAAUACGCCCUAAACACAGCAGUGACGCUGCUCGACUUUUAUGAUGAUUAUUUUGAAAUCCCAUAUCCACUUCCCAAACAAGAUCUUGCAGCAAUCCCAGACUUCCAGUCAGGUGCUAUGGAGAACUGGGGCUUGACUACAUACAGAGAGUCAGGGCUCCUCUUUGACCCUGAACGGUCAUCUACCUCAGACAAACUGGGCAUCACCAAGGUCAUUGGCCAUGAGCUUGCCCAUCAGUGGUUUGGAAACCUGGUGACAAUGCAUUGGUGGAAUGACCUCUGGUUAAAUGAGGGUUUUGCCAAGUUCAUGGAGUUUCUGUCCAUCGACAUCACCUACCCUGAGCUGCAAGUGAAUGAUUACUUCCUGGAGAAGUGUUUUACUGCAAUGGGGGUAGACUCUUUAAGAUCCUCCCACCCCAUCUCUACUCCUGUGGAGAAUCCUGCAGAGAUAAGGGAGAUGUUUGAUGAUGUAUCUUAUCAGAAGGGAGCCUGUGUUUUGAACAUGCUACGAGAUUUCCUGACCCCAGAAGUCUUUAAAAUGGGUAUUAUACGUUACCUGAAAAAGCACAGCUACCAGAACACUGUGAAUGCCCACCUUUGGUACAGUCUGACAAACGUAUGUCAAUCAGGUGACUUGGAUGCAGGAAGACUGAAAGCAGCUGGUUUCUGCUCUGACAGGAAGUCUAGAACUUCUGCCUCCAAAUGGUAUAUGGAGGAUGACCUGAACGUGAAGGCUCUCAUGGAUACCUGGACACUGCAAGAGGGGUUUCCCAUGAUCACUGUGGAGGUUAAAGGUCGAGAGGUCAGACUGAAACAGGAGCGGUACCUUAAAGGGGCAGAUCCUUCAAAGAAUUCGAGUUUCCUGUGGCAAGUGCCCUUGACCUACAUUACCAGCAGUUCCAGGUCUGUUCAGCGUUUUCUUCUAAAAACUAGAAAAGAUGUGUUAUAUUUGCCCAUGGAAGUGGAGUGGAUCAAGUUCAACGUGGACAUGCGAGGGUAUUACAUGGUCCAUUACGAGGAUGGAGGUUGGGACCCUCUGAUCAGGCAGCUCCAGCACAAUCACACGGUGUUCAGUGGGAACGACCGAGCCAGCCUGAUCCACAACAUCUUCCAGCUGGUCAGCAUCGGGAAAGUGCCUCUGGACAAGGCUCUGAGCCUGAGUGUGUACCUGAGGCAUGAAGUGGAGGUGAUGCCUGUCACACAGGCCUUCAGUGAGCUGGUGCCUCUCUACAAACUCAUGGAGAAGCGAAAUAUGGCAGUUCUGGAGCACAAGCUGAAGGGCUUUUUAGUUCACCUCUUCCAGGGCCUGAUCGACGCGCAGCAGUGGAGCGACGAGGGCUCAGUGGCAGAACGUGUGUUGCGCAAUUACCUGCUUCUUUUUGCCUGCGUACGCCGUUACGCACCCUGCGUCCGUACAGCCCAGGAGCUCUUCCACAAGUGGAAAGACGCAGAUGGCGAGAUGAGGUUGCCUGCUGAUGUCCGGUUAGUGGUGUACACGGAAGGCGCAAGAACAGAAGAAGGCUGGGACUUCCUUCUGGAAAAAUACCUCCACACCAUGUACCCAUCUGAGAAGGCUCAGAUCAAAGCUGCAUUGUCCUACAGUCCGCUGGCUCACAAGCUGCAUUGGCUUCUGGAGAGGGCUUUGAAAGGAGACAUGCUUAAGACCCAUGAACUGCCAUCUCUACUUAUUAGUGUCAGUAAAAACCCCAAAUCCUACAAAAUGGCCUGGGACUUCCUAAAGUCCAAUUGGCAAGAACUGGUUAAGAAGUUUGAUCUUGGCACCUCCUCUAUCUCACGCAUGGUUGUUGGAGUGACCAAUCAAUACUCAACCAAGGAAAUGUUAAACGAGGUGCGAUUGUUCUUCAGUUCCCUGCAAGAUGACAUGGGAGCCAGACUGCGCAGUGUUCAGCAGGCCUUGGAGAACAUUGAGGAGAAUAUACGGUGGAUGGAGAAGAACACUCCCCUUCUCACAGAGUGGCUCAACAUCCACAGUGUCUGAGUGCGCUAAGAGCUUUGACAGGACUGGACAAAGAUUAUGACCAGUAAUUAUACCGACUACGAGUGGAAGAAGCUGAAGGUGUUUUGCAUUUAUGGACUUUUCUAUGCAGGAUUAGCUUAACGUGACUAAAAAAGGUUCGCCCAUCAGAGUUGUGUUCCUUCAUCAGGGGGACUGCAGAAGAUUAAGUUGAAGUGACUAAAGGGCUACAGAACUGGGACCUGUCAGCCUAGAGACACUCGAUAUUUCAGUUUAAAUUUGUAAUACAAGUUUGACAAGUUCUUCUCUUUUUUUGAACAGACAAAACUAGGUAUUUGAAUUCCCAUGUGGACUUUUAUCAUACAAAGUACAAAAUAGCCAUUUGAUAUAUUCAUUUAAAUACACAAAUCUCAAACAGAUAGAUUAAAUACAGUGUCGUUAAUCGAGAAAUGUAUCUAAACCAAAAAUGUUAGUUUGGAUUCAUCUAAAUGCUGCUCUAAACGACCACAGGGGCUGUGAACUGAAUUUAGUUUUAACACCCUAAAGUGUAUUAUCAAGCAUGUCUUAUUGCCUGGUGUCAGCACAUGAUCAGCACUGCAAAACGUUUUAUGGUAGAUUGCGUCAUGCUUGUUUCUGAAUAUGUUGCUUGCAGAAAGACCUGCUGAUCCAAGUUUUGAUUAAGAAACAGAAAUUGUAAUGAAUAUUUUUUGUAAUGUAAAAACUUUUAUUCACAUAUAACAGAGAAUAAAAAUGCUUUAAAGUGAA